GUCCAGUAACUCCUGCACCUCCACGGCAGCAGUGAUCGGUGGAGACUCAGCACAACCCCCUCCUCUCGGUGUCCCUCCCACAGACUCCCCCCACACCCCCACACCCUCACACCCACUCUCCCUUCGUCGCCCAGCCCGCCUGGAGUCCAGCAUCUUCUCUCCAUUGCUCUCUUCUUCUUGACGCACCAGCAUCAUGUCAGCCGGCGGUGCAGACGGGGACCUGCUGCGGAUCCCUCUGGGGCUCAUCAACGGCGGCGGGAAGUAUCUGACCGCCGAGACCUUCGGCUUCAAGAUCAACGCCUCGGCCGGUAGCCUGAAGAAGAAGCAGACCUGGACCCUGGAGCAGACCGGGGAGGACGGCAGCGCCGUGUUCCUCCUCUCCCACCUGGGCCGCUACCUCGCCACGGACAAAGACGGCAACGUGACCGCGGACAGCGAGACGCGCGGCCGCGACAGCCGCUUCGUGAUCACGGCGCACGAGGACGGGCGGUGGUCGCUGCAGUCCGAGCCUCACGGCCGCUUCCUCGGCGGCACCGAGGACAGAAUCACGUGUUUUGCGCAAACGGCCUCUCCUGCGGAGAAAUGGAGCGUGCACCUGGCCGUGCAUCCGCAGGUCAACCUUUACAGCUUUGCGCGCAAACGCUUCGCCCACCUGGGUUCACACGGAGAGGUGUCCAUAGCCCGGGACGCCCCCUGGGGCGUGGACUCGCUGGUGACCCUGGUGUACCGCGAUCAGCGCUACCACCUGGAGACCUGCGACAACCGAUUCCUGCGUAACGACGGCAGCCUGUCCACCAGGACGGACAAGGACACCGGCUACAUGUUGGAGUUCCGCUCCGGGAAGGUGGCGUUCCGCGACUGCAACGGCCGAUACCUGGCACCANUGGGCCCCACGGGGACGAUGAAGGGUGGGAGGGGCGGGCGCGUGGGGAAGGAUGAACUGUUCGGCCUGGAGCGAAGCCACGCGCAGGUGGUGCUGACUGCAGGAAACGAGAGGAACGUCUCCACCAGACAAGGCAUGGACCUGUCAGCCAAUCAGGAUGAGAUCGGAGACCAGGAAGUUUUUCAGUUGGAGAUGAACCACGAAGACAGGAAGUGUGCAUUCAGAACAGCUGCUGGAAAAUACUGGACGCUGACGGCCACCGGGGGUCUGCAGUGCACCGCCCUGACCAAAUCAGCCAACAGUUAUUUUGAACUCGAGUGGCGGGACGGUCGUGUGUGUUUGUGCGGAGCUAACGGCAAGUACGUGACCGCCAAGAAGAACGGGCAGUUGGCCGCUGCCGUUGACAACGCAGGCGAGGCGGAACUCUUCCUGAUGAAGCUGAUCAACCGUCCACUCAUCGUCCUUCGGGGGGAGCACGGCUUCAUCGGAGCUCGUAAGGCUGGAAUAGCUACUCUGGAUUCUAACCGUGCGUCCUACGAUGUGUUCCAGCUCGAGUUCCACAAUGGAGCUUACGCUCUCAAAGACUCCCAGGGGAAGUACUGGUGCGUUGGAGACGACACGGCGGUGACGUGCAGCAGCUCCUCACCUGUCCAGUUCCUGUUUGAGUUCUGUGACGUCAACAAGAUGGCCGUCCGUGCACCGGGGGGCAAGUACCUCAAAGGAGACCAUGCUGGGGGGCUCAAGGCAAGUGCAGACUCCCUGGACAACGCCACCCUGUGGGAGUAUUAGACAAAACACAGCCGACAAAAAGCUUCAAAAUGUUGUUGUUAGAAACCGUAGGUAGGUGUGUGUACCGGUGUAUUUGUAUGGAUGAAGUAAAAAAGUGAAGCUGACAAACCGAGGUCCUAGGACAGAGGCACCUUUACUGUUUUUAUUUUACUGGAGAACGGCAUCAAAUGUUUCUCACUGUUCUGAGGUAUUUCAUAAAGAGAACGUUGUAACGGAAUUCUACGUUAAUUGUCGCCUAAGCUUUGCCUGAUCAGGCCACGACACUGAUGUACGUCACGCCUGCGAUUCACCAUAUGUAACUUUGAAUUGUGCUGCUAGCUGUGUUUGUUUCCUUCAUUCUCUCGCCUAAAAAGCACAACGUCGUCGUCGUAUUGGGAUCAAUUGGUUCAAAUGCUUCUGCUGUAAACUGAAUCAAAAUGUAAAAACAAAAUGGUUGACGUGUCAGGUGGAGGCGGACGACAGACCAUGGUUGGGUCAGUCCAAUUACCUAAUGAAUUGACCCCUGUUUUAUACCCACUACUCGUACAUGAUCACGCUUGUAAAAAGUACUGCAGUACUGGACACAAUGUUUGCACAUGAUUUGAUCAGAAAUCUGCACAAAAUGUCAAAAACAAAAACUCAA